GGGGCAAAAAGGGGAAAACUGUCAAAUAUGUAAGGGCAUAUUUGGCAGAAGGAAAAGAAGAAGAGGGAAAGAAGAUUGGCUGAUCAGCUCUCCCGAAGAAGAAGAAGAAGAGGCAGAGAAGAUCGGCGUGAUAGAGUGAGACUGAGAGAAGGAGGGAGAGGAAACUGAUUUUGGGUGCAAGGGAUGCUCUCAAAACGCAGCGUUUCAGGAAUUUGUUUUCUGGAGCCCAUUUUAAUUUGGACCGGAGGUAUCUGAGUUUGAACAUAUUGAUGAUAUUUAGACACACAACAGAAUGGUGUAUUUGUUUUUGUCAGAGCCCUUAUGGGAUGGGGAUGGGGAUGACUCUUCCUGUAUUAGAAUCUCUCUCUUGAAUAAAUUGGAAUCAGUCAUUUGCUCAUUCUUGAUGACGUCUGAAGGUCGGUCAGAGGCUCGACUAUGGCUUUGUAACGCUAUAGCAGGCAUGAGUUCUGUCACUUCCUACCAUCAGCGCGAGUUAUUUGUUAAUCUGUUGAGAUCUAAUAAGUCACCAAAGCGGGCCUUGUUAGCAUCUCAACUCCUGCAAUUGAUAUUUGAGAAAAGGCCACAGAUAAUGGGCUCCAUCAUUGCCAACAAAAGUUACAUGCUAAAGAAGUUUUUUGAAGGAAAUUCUAGACGUAUAUUGCUAUGGUUUUCUAAUUUUGCUGCCGGUGGUGGAGUGGAGCACAGAAAAGGUGCUAAGGCACUAUCCCAAUUUGCUUUUGUAAAUCGUGAUAUCUGUUGGGAGGAGCUUGAAUGGAAGGGAAAACAUGGACAGUCGCCUGCUAUGGUUGCUACAAAGCCCCAUUACUUUCUAGAUUUGGAUGUCCAACUAACUGUCGAGAAUUUCCUGGAAAAUGUUCCUGAAUUUUGGUCAUCCAAUGAAUUCGCUGAGUCAGUCAAAGAUGGUGAAAUUUUGUUCAUUGAUAGAGAAUUCUUUUUACAGUAUUUUGUUGAUUUGAUGUACAAAGAGGAUUCAACAGAUGUAUGGGAAGUCAUAAACAAGUUCCUAAUUGAGGAAUCUUUCUCUUCUUUGUGUCACCGCCUUCUUAUUGUUCUUGAAGAGAGGGACUUGAAUAAUUUCCUGGUAUUGCUUGGUAAACUUCUGAACCCCAAACUGGAACCUAAGAAUUUUAGUAAUUCAUCUUACUUGUUUGAGGUUAUAGUUUCUAAGUGCAGUGACUGUGGAUCAAUUGAUCAGAUGCUAUUGUUAAAUGCGGUUAUUAAUCAAGGACGCCAACUUCUUCGGCUUCUACGUGAUGAAGAAGGCCAGGAGGAACAUGCAAAAAUCAAAGACAUUGUGUCACAGAUAUGUGCAAUACCAAGCAAUGCCAAUAGUUUGGUGCCCAUUUUUAUGAAGUGCUUCAAAACAAAGACCGUUAAAGCAAUAAAAUGGCUAGGGCUUCAGUCUUGGGUUUUGUACUAUAGAUUGUCAGAGGAUUGCCAGACUCCCGAGUCUUGGGAAUCAUUAUUUAAGGAUAAUGAUAUAGGUUUUCGCACAUCGAAUAAGUAUGAAUUGCUACAUCAUGAUGAUUUAUCUGAAAAAAGUGGUUCUGAUUUGGAUCAUAAAGCAUCAGUUAGAGUUAAGCACAGGAAGAAAGGAAAAAGAAAGAGAAGAAAAAAAAACUUUUCUCAUGAUGACACUUAUGACAUUGAGCUACCAGAUUUUGAUACUACAAACAGGGUGCUGGGUUUGCAAGCCAAUGCUGGAAGUUGGUUGCUCUGUAUUGAUGGGUAUUCUGUGUCUUGGAGCAGUGCGGACUUGCCAGAAUAUCUUUCUAAGCAUUGCUUGUCUACGUGGAUGAAAUGGAUUUUUGCCAAGUGGGAAUGAAGCCUGCUGGAUUUGGAUGGAUCCACAUAUUUGUUAGUUUUAAAGUAAAUAGUCACAUGUAGCACUGAGGGGACAAGGCAUGUGGAAAGAGCAUGUACUGCUUAAAUGGCCAGCGAUCACCAUAAUUUUAACAUGUGAUAAAUGAAAUGGCAUUCUAUCAUCAAAGCCGAAGGUGCAGGUAGUGGAGUACGACAGUUACAUCCAUUUCUUAAUUCAAACAAAAGAAGGUUAUUAUUGCCUAGUUUUAGAAGGUAGAUAGUGCGAUGAACAGAAGUCCUAGAAGAUCAAAAGAGAGGCCGAUAUUUCAAGCAAAAGAGAGGAUCACUCACAUUUAUACUCAAUUAAGAGUUAGAGUAGGUGCCUUGUAAUCUGUUUGGUGCAUUAGUGCAAGUAAGUAGUUAUAUUUGAAUUAUCUUAGUUUAAUGCAUAUAUAUUAGUUGUUUUCUUAUGGUUUC